AGACAGCUGAGCAGCCCAAAGAUAAAAGAGAGACUCAGAGACAGCCGGGGGAUUCGUUGCUGUUGUACAAUAAAGAAGCAGAUUGCUGCGGCUGCAACUGCGGCUGCUGCUGCCUGGCUAGUGCAGACGAAGAGGCGGAUGCUGCUGCUGAUGCAGCUGCUGCUGCUGCAUGCGAUUGCUGCAGCACAGCAGCAGCAGCAGCAGACGUAGAAGCAGCAGACACGCACUGGACAGAAGAGGAUCAAGGAGAAGACGACGGAGACCCCUGCUGCAGCAGCGGCUGCUGCUGCUGUGCUUUCGAGGGCUCUGGGGAGACAGGUGGGCCCUGCAGCGCAGCAGUAGCAGCAGCAGCAGCAGCAGCUGAACGAAGACCUGCUCGGGGGCCUCUUGAUAAGCGUAUUGUGCUGCAGCGGGAGUUGCAGGAGCUUCAUCGCAAGCAGCAGCAGCUCUUAGAGAGACACCAGCGGCUGCAGCUGCAGCGCAUGCAGCAGCAGCAGCAGCAACAUGCAUCUCGCAGCAUAAGCCCCGUCGGGGCUCGGCCUCGCAGGCAGCAAAAGAAAGCACCCUGGAAUUCAGACACAGGGAAUGUAGAUUGUCAUAGAGCAACGGCAGCAGAUUUGCUGCUUCGACGGCUGCGCAGCACAAGCCCUCAUUCUGCUGCUGCUGCUGCUGCAUAUAGAGAGAGGCUUGCGGAGAUGGAGACAGAUUUAAAACCAUUCGUGCAGCUGUAUAAGGAACGCUUCGGGGGACAGCAGCAGCAGCAGCUGCUGCUGCAGCAGCAAAGACGCAUGCGGGUAGCAGCUGCUCGAGCUGCUGCCAGCAGCAGCAGCAGAAACAGACGCAGCAUGUAUGACUUCGAUAUUAAUUUCAAUACGCAGCAGCAGCUCCUCCGCUACAAGCAGUACCAGCAGCUGCAGCAGCAGCUGCAGCAGCAGCAGCAGCAGAUUGCCUCGACACCUUUGGAGCUCCAGCCGCUGCAGGCAGAGUUGCUGCAGCAGCAGCGGUUGCUGCUGCAGCAGCAACAGCUGCUAGAACAGCAACUGAAAGAGCUGCAGGACCAGCAGCAGCUACUGCUGCAGCAGCAGCCACAGCAAGGCCCCCCACAACAUCAACAGCAACAGCAGCAGCAGCAGCAGCAGCAAGAAGACUCGCUGCUGCUGCCAGCAGCACCGCCCCUGCGUUCACACGCCCCAUCGGUAGGGGGCCUCAUGAACAGCAGCAAAGGAGCAGCUGCUGCAUCUGCUGCGGGCUCCGUGCUGCAGCUGCAGCUGCCUUCGCAGCCGCCGCAGCAGCAGCAGCAGCAAGUGCAGCAGCAGGAUGUAGUGCCGCUGCUGCAACAGGAAGCAGCGGCAGUCUUAUCCGAAGCUCUUAUGCCUGCUGCUGAAGCAAGCGGAGCAGACGCUGCAGCAGCAGGUGCUGCUGCCACUGCUGCUGCUGUUGCUCCUGUUGCUGCUGCUGCUCCUGUUGUAGCUGCUGCUGCUGCGGCGCCGCAGCCCGUGCCCACGCAUCCGCAGCAGCAGCAGUUGCUGCAGCAGCAGGCUCAGGACGAAAGGGGACCGGAAGGAGCAGCAGCAGCAGCAGCUGCUGCUAGUGGUGGGUGGACAGAGAAUUUGGAGCAGCAGCUGCUGCUGCUGCAGCAGCAAGAGCAGCAACUACUGCAGCAGGAGGAGUUUCUACGCAUGCAACUGCAGCAAAAGAAAUUGUUAAGGUCUCAGCAAAGGGGAGCUGCUGCUGCAGAGGUGACGGAGACGCAGCAGCAACAGCCAGUGCAGCAGCAGCAAGUGCAGCAGCAGCAGCAGCAGCACAGUGAGGCCUUCCUGCUGCUGCAGCAGCAGCAAUGGCGCAGCGUCCCGCUGCAGCCGAUGCAGAGGGAAGACAGCAGAAAAAUGCAGAUUGAGUUGGUAUUAGACGCACAGCGCUGUCUCUAG